AUGAAACUUGUGCCGCUUCUUGCCAUCCAGCGUGGCUUCUAUGAAAUGCCUAAAGAAUUUCGCUUUCAAGCCUAUUUGGAUACCAUGCUGGUGGAUCUGAUAGAUAUUCGAUACCCACUGGGCAACAUGAAUCCCAUGGCCAAAGCACACGUUCCUGCCCUUUUAGAUGAGUUGCUGGGUCAGAAUGUCGAAGAGGCUGCUCAGGAAUCUUUGGACAAGGUGCUGGCUUCGUAUCCUCCAGACCUGUUUGCAAAUUUGUCCGUGGGACUGGUCAUGGCGGACGAUGCUCAAGGCGGAUGGACGGACCGUCUGGAUGUAGCUUUCAAGAACGCUUUCCGAAACCAAUCUUUACUGAAGAGAGGAUGGAUUGAAGCUAUCUUGUGGUCUAGUGAUAAUGAUCCUGACCAACUGAAAUCCUUGGCUCAAUCUUCCGUGGAACUGGCCACGCACAGAGUAGCCUACAUGCUCCAAAAAGGCAAGGCUUGUAUUACGCUGGGAGACAUGCUGGAUCAAGAAGCUUGGGUAUACGAAAAAGGCUCACACCAUCCUGACACCGACAUCAAACCAGAUCAAGAAACAGUACAAUCUUGCUUGGACAUUUUGAAACAAAACCAAGAGGCUUCCAUUGAUAAUGAUUACCCCACCGUUGUGGCUUCGUUUUAUGGCGAUGAAGCAGCACAAGCUCGUGGAUACCCUGGCAUAGGAAUGGACUUGAGUGGUCUAGAUAUCUGUCGUCUUGGACUCUGGGGAUGUCCCGCUGCCAAUUGA